AUGUACGUGCAGCCAAAACACUUGGGCUGUGUUGGCUUAAGUUGCUUUUACUUGGCUGUGAAAAUUGUGGAAGAAGAGAGUAAUAUUCCAUUAGCUACGGACUUAAUCAGAAUAAGUCAGUAUCGGUUUACUGUUAGUGACCUAAUGAGAAUGGAAGGAAUUCUUUUAGAGAAGCUACAUGGAAAAGCAACAACUGCCUUCCAGUUUCUGCAACUUUAUUGUUCAAUUCUGUGUGACAGCAUCAACUGUAAAAGGAACAAUCUUAAAUUAGAGAGACUUGAAGCCCAACUAAAGGCCUGUCAUUGCAGACUUAUUCUUUCAAAAGCAAAGCCUUCAGUACUGGCACUUUCAAUAAUGGCUCUAGAAGCUGAAGAGGAGAAAGUACCAGAAUUGGUUGAGAUAAUACAAUGUCUCCGAAUACAUUCCAAGAUAAAUAGUAGAGAAUUUUCCUUUUGGAAAGAACUUGUAUCAAAGUGCCUCUUAGAAUAUUCCUCAAGCAAAUGUUCCAAGCCAAGUGGACAAAAGCUAAAAUGGAUUGUGUCUGGUCGUACCGCCCGGCAACUGAAACACAGUUAUUACAGAAUUGCCCAUCUUCCCACGAUCCCAGAAACUGGUCCCUAAAAGUGGUAAUCCUGAAGAAGAGCGGAUGGGACAUUGUCUGGCAACAUAUGUUUAAUCAAUAAGGAUAUAAGCUUUCCGGUGCUGAAGCAGAAUUUGUUGGAUUCUUCUGACCUAUGGAAAGUCUAAUUUCAGGAAUAUUAAAUUGCAACAAUUUUUUUAGCUCUGAGCUAUACAACAAUAUAGUGUGUUACCACAAGACUCUUCUUAAUCUUGUCAAGGUUCUUUAUAAAACUGAGGACUUUUUUUUAUAAAACAAUGCUUGGGGCUAAAAUACAAACAAGUCAGCUGUUUUUGUUUUAUCUGUCCUCUGGAAAUGUGAAACCGUGAGUCAUCAUAGAGCUUGAUCCUUAACAAUUCUGCAUUUCUAAACUAAAUGGUGGCAGAAAAUGAAUAUAAAAAUGAACAUAACCGUCACUAAAUUAAUAAAAUAGCUAUGCAUGUAUUUUCUAGUGAGAGUAGGAACAUUACUACUGGAAAGUUGCUACAUCUGAUUCAUAGUAAUGGUAGUGAUUGAGAAACAGUAACAUAAAAUUCAAUACAUAAUUAGAUAAUUCCUUUAAACCAUAAGUGGGGAACUAUGGCCCCUUCAUGAUGCCUCAGGAAUUCUGUGAAUUGAAGUGCACAAGUCAUAAAAGAGCCAUAGUUCCCCAUCUUUGCUUUAAACCAUGAUUCACAUUAGAGGUUUGGAACUGACUUAAAGAUAUGUUGGUCCUAGGUCAUACAGAGUUCAAGAGCCAAAUUUAGUGGUCUAUAUUUAAAGUGUAUUAACAUAAAGAACACAUUUUUAACAAGUAUCAUAUUGUAACCAAGUAUUUGAAAGAAAUUGAAAAGUACAUAAUAUUCACUGUGGAAAUUAAAGCUGUUUGAAGAAUGCAAGUCAGACACCAGCUGAGAAUGUUGGCAAUGUCUAAAAAUAGAAUUAACAUUUUAGAUUUUGCCUCAGUCUUUCACCUCAGUCUUUAGCUCUGCUUGCACAUACCAAAAUUGGUGGCAUGAU